AUGCGUCACGUAGGACCUGAAAAUAUUUCGUACCAUAUAGAAAGUCAUCCAGCAUGGAAAGAAAUAGAUUCAUUCGAGUGCGGCUUUAGUGCUUCCGAUCGCAUCAUUGGAGGUUUGAAUGCAGCUCUGGGUCAAUUUCCAUGGAUGGUGCGAUUAGGUUACACUGUAAAAGGAGAUCAAGAAAUUAACUGGAUGUGUGGAGGAAGUCUUGUAACAGACCGUCACGUUGUCACCGCAGCGCAUUGUGUGAAAACCCCAGAAGAAGACUUUGAACUGUCAAAUAUUCGAAUAGGAGAGUACGAUACGAAAAAUAAUCCAGAUUGUCAACUAAAUAUAUGCGCACCUCCACUGCAGGACAGGAAAAUCCAAACAAUAAAAAUUCACCCAAGCUACAACAAACCCCCGUUUCACAACGAUCUGGCCAUGAUUAUAUUAGAUGAACCUGUUCAAUUAAACGAUUACGUGAUACCUAUUUGCUUACCUCAUGGAGAACAGCUACAGCGCCUGGAUGUAAAUGAACAGCUGACAGUAGCCGGCUGGGGAAAAAUGAACAUGACCACUGAAGAUGAAGCGAGAAUUUUGCAAUAUGUGUCGAUACCUGUAAUAAAAGCCGAAAAUUGUAAUUUUUUCGGAAAAGGAUUUAAACUGACUGAAAAGGAAAUUUGUGCUGGAGGACAGAGAAAUAAGGACGCUUGUGUCGGUGAUUCAGGAGGGCCCUUGAUGAAGGUUUUAGAUACACUGGAUGGACCGAAAAAUUUCUUGAUGGGUGUAGUGUCGUUCGGUCCGACUAUCUGCGGAAUUAAGAAGCCAGCUGUUUACACUUCGAUUCCUCACUUCCUCAAAUGGAUUUUAGAUAACAUUACCUUGUAAAAAACACACAUUUAUUUACGUAAAAUAAAUCAUCCGACAUAUUA